UACUCGUUACCCACGUCCGUAUCAAACGUGUUCUUCAACCCAAAGUAGGGAAUACUCUCGCCUUCCAGCGUCGCAGAGAGCCGGGCCCUGCUUGACCUUUGACCUUGCGGGAGCAGAGUUCAUUGAGCGGAUAAGCCAGCAAUCCGCCACAACACCAACGAACCCCUUUGUGAACGCGGCCCGUCACCAUGGCCCAAAACGCACCCAAGGGCACCAUUGCCAUUGAGGAAGCCGUGCUAAACCCCGCAGGCCUGUCAUGGAUCGCUGAGUCGGCGCCCUUGUUCGACCCCGGCCAAGCCCGGUCCCCCUCCUCUUCGUCCCCGGAUAAUACAUAUGUCCAGAGGCUGAAUGAUCUGCUCAUCGACGUUCAUGGCGAGCGACUGGCCCAGAUGGACGCCCACGGCGUCGAGUACAUGCUUCUGAGCCUCACCUCCCCCGGAGCGCAGGGGGAACCUGACCCGGCCAAGGCGCGGGCGCUCGCGGCCGAGGCGAACGACUGGCUGGCGGCGCAGGUGUCCCAGAACCCGCGGCGAUUCGGCGCGUUUGCUGCCGUGUCGAUGCAUAACGCGGCAGAUGCUGUGGCCGAGGCGACCCGGGCGGUCAAGCAGCUGGGCAUGUUCGGCAUCAUGCUGAACGACUACCAGGUGGUGAACGAAGGGGGUAAUGCCGAGGGCAAGAAGUACUAUGACGAGGUCGACUACCGUCCCUUCUGGAAGGCGGUCGAGGAGCUCGGCGUGCCCGUGUACCUGCACCCGCGCUACCCCCCGGCCAAGGACCUGCAGCCGGGGACCAAGUUGGGGGACAGAAAACACAUCCUGGGCGCGGCGGUGCAGUUCCAUCUGGAUCUCAGCCUUCACCUGUACGCUCUUUGCUCUAGCGGCGUGUUUGACGAGUUUCCGAAGUUGCAGGUCGUGGUCGGACAUCUGGGCGAGGGGAUCCCCUUCAACCUGUGGCGUGCAGACCACUGGUACAACAAGCCAGUCAAGAAAGCCACGAGGCCGUCCAAGCAAGACUACAGCUAUUAUUUCCGCCACAACAUCUCCAUCACCACCUCGGGCAACUUCAACACUCCUGCCCUCAAGUAUUGCAUUGGCCAGAUCGGGCCCGAACGCUGUCUCUUUUCCAUCGACUACCCCUACGAUAGCAUCGCGGAAGCUCAGCAGUGGUGGCUCGCUCUUGAUCUGCCCGAGGACCAAAAGAGGCUAGUGGCACGAGAGAACGCCAUUAGGUUGUUCAAGCUCCCGCUCGAGAUUUAGUAACGCGUCAGCACUGAACCCGUAGCGUGGCGUCUUCCUACAACUACAUAGCAGCCUGGCCGUCCAGGCGAGUCAUCAUUCAUUACGUGCAUGCGUGAAAGGUUCAAUCCCCGUUUCCGACGUUGGGUCUUCAGAGGAAGCCUGCUGAAAGCAAAUGGCAAAACUCCCGUGGCAGUCAAGAAAAC